AUGGAGAGAAUGAGCCGCCUGACAGUUCUAUUAGUGACGAAUUAUGGUUUCACCCGAGCACACCUAGAAAACUUUCCACUGCCUAGUCAGUUAAACAAUCUAAAGAGACUUAGGUUGGAGAAUGUUUCCAUCCCCUCCAUUGCUACUUCCAUACUGCAGCUAAAAAAUUUGCAGAAAAUAUCCAUGAUCAUGUGUGAGAUUGGGAAGGCAUUCGAGGAAUGCACAAUUUCAAUCUCCAAUACAUGGCCAAAUCUCAACGAGAUAAAUAUCGAGUAUUGUGACGACUUAGUUGAAAUACCAGCACGGGUUUGUGGCCUUAUCCAUCUUAAGAAGAUCAACUUGAGAUACUGUCAAGAGUUGGUUACUCUUCCAGUAGAACUGGGAAAUCUGACAAAUUUAGAAGUGCUGAGGCUUCAAUCUUGUACACAACUAGUACAGUUGCCUGAAUCAAUUUCUGGACUCCAGGAAUUGAGGUUCCUUGAUCUGUCGGAUUGUGUGGAAAUGGACCACUUCCCAGAGCGGCUAGGCGACUUAUGUGGGCUGCGAAAAAUACGCAUGAUGGGUUGCACUGCUAUAUCUGAGUUGCCGCCUUCAGUAAUGGAUCUUGUGCAGUUAGAAUGUGUGAUAUGUGACGAUGAAACAGCCUAUUUAUGGAAUUUAUACAAGGAUUAUUUGGAUAAGUUGGAAAUUGUUGUGGUAAAAGAAGAUAUAAACCUUAACUGGCUUCAUAAGAGAUCAGCUUGA